AUUCUUUCAAAGCCUUCAAUAUCUCUUAUUAAUCAAACUAACCAACUUCAAACACAAAAAAAUGUUCUCCAACAUCGAUCAAACAGCUGUGGCAGCACUCCUCCGUGGCCAAGGAUGCGCUAACAGUCUCAAGAGGCUCCUCGAAAACCACAAGUUAAGCUCAGAUUCAACAGAGCCGCUCAUCUACACCAUACUCAAUUCUUUCUCACUUGCUCUCUCUUUUGUGGACCCGCCUAGUCUUCUACCACACAAUGAGUCUUCUCUUCAAAACAUGACAAGUCAUGUUCUUCAGAGAUCAUCAAAGAAAAAAUAUUAUGGAGCAGAAGAUUUAGAGUAUUACAGAGACGAAUCCCCGACUCCACGCCCCGAUGACGGCUUCACCUGGAGGAAAUAUGGACAAAAAACUAUCAAAACCUCACCGUACCAAAGGUGUUACUAUCGGUGUACCUAUGCAAAAGACCAAAACUGCAAUGCUAGAAAGCGGGUGCAGAUGAUCCAAGAUAACCCUCCAGUGUACAGAACUACUUAUUUGGGAAAACAUGUGUGUAAAGCUGUUGCAGUUCAUGAUGAUACAUAUGGUUCUGAAAUGAUAAAAUUCGACCAAGUUGUAUCUGAAUCGGUUAUGCCUCAACUCGCAACAAUUGACGAACAAGCAAUUACCAUGGAGGACGAAGCCAUAGACCAUAUCAUGAACCAAGAAUGUGAUAUUAAUGAUUUUUCUGUGGAUGAUGACCCAUUUUGGGCUAGUCAAUUUCCUCCAUUUUCAUCGGAAGACAUUAUGUUUUUUGACAAUAUUGCUAAUCUUGAUUAGAACCCUUUCCAAGUUUUUUUUAAUGUUCCCAUGGGGAGAUUGAUCAAUUCUUCACUUCUUUUCAGGUUCAUGUUUUGUUAUUUUAGAUUCAUAUGUAUAACUUUUUUUUUUCGUGUAAAGUUUUAACGAGUGAUGUAUUUCAAAAUUAGAAAAGAAAAGGAGAAAGUAAU